UGUGAAUCCCAAAAUAUACUCACUAAGAAAAAAAAAAUAGACGGAGUUUUCUGCUAGCGUGAGUUCAAACAAACAUCUUCAUAGCGUGAGAGCUCAAUUCUUUACGACACCGUUUCGUCGUGCUUCCUCCCUCAACUACAACACAAACAGCGAAAACCGAAAUUGCAUGUGUUUAAUUUAACCCUUUCUUUUGUUUCAUCCUCAAUUUUUCUGGUGUUUGAAGAAAAUCGAGAAUGUGGGGAUUUGGUGGUAGAUAUUAUUGGGGGAGAAAGGUGGAUUUUGAGAAAGCGAAUGGGAUAGUUGUGGUGUUCGCGUGGAUGUCAAGUGAGGAGAAGCACUUUAUGAGAUAUGUGGAUCUUUAUGCUUCUUUUGGAUGGAAUUCGAUUAUAUGCCACUCUCAAUUUCUCAAUAUGUUCUUCCCCGAUAAAGCCACAAAUCCUGCUGUUGAUAUUCUAAAUGAACUCGUUGAGGUUCUGAAAAUUAGGCCUUGUCCCAUUGUCUUCGCAUCUUUUUCGGGUGGUGCAAAAGCUUGUAUGUUAAAGGUUCUUCAGAUAAUUACUGGGAAGUCUGAAACACAUAAUAUGGAUGAUUACCAGCUUGUUAGAGACUCUAUUUCUGGCUAUAUUUAUGAUUCCAGUCCAGUUGAUUUUACCAGUGAUAUGGGCGUCCAGUUUAUUCUACACCCAUCUGUUUUAAAAGUGUCCCAUCCACCAAAAUUUGCUUCAUGGAUUGCCAAUGGCAUAGCAUCUGGUCUUGAUUCCCUUUUCCUCAACAGAUUUGAAUCCCACCGUGCAGAGUAUUGGCGAACACUUUACUCCACCACUAGUAUGCAGGUCCCGUAUCUCAUUUUUUGUUCAGAAAAUGAUGAUCUCGCUCCUUUUGAAGUUGUUUCAAAUUUUUUCCAUCGAUUAAAAGACCUUGGCGGCGAUGUCAAGAUGGUAAAGUGGAGUUCCUCUCCUCACGUAGGUCAUUUCCAUUAUCAUCCUGAUGAAUACAAAGCUGCUAUCAUCGAGAUCCUUGGCAAGGCAGUCGCAACUUAUAGUCACAAGAACAGAAGAAUUGAAGAUGAGAAUCUGGGCAUAGAGGGAAUAAGAAAUGAGAUCACCGAUCCGUUCUCUGAACUGAGGAAAGCAGCAACAACCUCAACUAGUUUCCAGGGUUUUGUUGUUGCUCCAAGUGAGAAUUUGUCUCCUGGUUCACUGGAAUAUUAUGACGGUAAAGAUGUUGGGUCCGUAUCAGAUGAGCGAAAAGGAAAUUUUAUUCAUCUCCCAAGCCGUCCAAGCAUCAAUGCUAACGGGGUUCUUGGCCAAAUAUUGUUUGACGUAUGUGUCCCCAAGACAGUUGAGGAUUGGGAUGUCAGAUCGAAUUCGAAAAAUGUGGGACUAUUAUCUGGUACUAGGAGACACAUUCCUUUCAAUCCUAUAAAAUGCAUCCGACGGUCAAGGUUGUAACAUUGUGAAUGUUGAUCCACAAGUUUUGGGUGGAUACGAGAGUUGACUGUUUCUUCAAAAGAAUUUCAAUAAGAUCUUAUCGUUCCGGAGAUGUAAUGCCGCAGUACCUGAAAUAAGAGGCAGAACGACUUGUAAAUUCCCUCUCAGCUGUCUUUUUAAUUACUGAAUAAUGUGAUUGAGAAGCUGGUUUUUUCCUGCGUGAAUUGUACAGAUACUUCAACUGAGAAAAAUAUAUUUUAUGUUUUGACUGAAA